CUUGGGGCUUGAUCUGCGAAUUGGGCCAAAAUUGCCCACAAUUAAUCACCGUCAAACUCACGCGCUCCUCCAAUCCCUUUCCGGCCGAUCAGAGUUUGUGCAGACGGCAGCUCAAAAUCAUUACAGUGCACUCAGUCUCAAGCUCCCUCCGGCGAGCCACUAAAUUUCUCUAUACAAACGCGAUAUGGCAAUCUCAUUGGAUGGUGUUAGGGACAAGAAUUUGAUGCAGCUGAAGAAGCUCAACACCGCCCUCUUCCCUGUCCGCUACAACGACAAGUACUACACUGAUGCACUCGCUUCCGGCGAAUUCACCAAGCUAGCAUACUACAGUGACAUUUGUGUUGGUGCAAUUGCAUGUAGGAUUGAGAAAAAGGAAGGGGGUGCUGUUCGUGUGUACAUCAUGACCUUGGGCGUUUUGGCUCCUUAUCGUGGAUUAGGUGUUGGUUCAAAGCUGUUGAACCAUGUACUUGAUCUCUGUGCAAAGCAAUGCAUCAGUGAGAUUUACUUGCACGUCCAGACAAACAACGAUGAUGCCAUCAAGUUUUACAAGAAAUUUGGGUUUGAGAUUACGGAGACCAUCCAAAAUUAUUACACAAACAUUACACCCCCAGACUGCUACGUUGUUACCAAAGUCAUCACCCAAAUCCAGGAAAAGAAAUAGCUUCAAAUUUCCAGUUAUGGAUUUUCCAGAUUUUUUGCUUGCUAUUGUUUUCAUUGGAAUGCAAUUUUUAUUUCUUUCUUGCACUCUGUGUAAGAAAUCUGUUGUAUGAAGAGUUAGCAAUGUAGAAGAAACACAUUUUUUAUCCAUUCAAGAUAACAGUCACUGGUUGAGAAUACCUGCCCCUAAAAUGCAAAUAUCUCCUGGCAUGUUUUAUGUAUGCAAUAUGCAUACACGAGGAGUCUAAAAUAUUAUUACUGAACUAUUGAUAUAAUAUUGUAACUUAUUUUAUGAAAAUAUGUCAAUUUGUAUACCACUAUACCAGUGUUGGGAAAUAAGGAUGUUUUUAGUUGGAUUGAA